CGCUCCAGCGUCGCCAUCGCCUUUCGACAAUCAGCUGGACUAUACAAUACUCCCAGAUAUUCCGGCGUGCCUCGUCUUAGCUGCCACUGUUUCUCGAGCGUCGAAGAAAUCAACUCGUAACUGCCGAACGAUGGUUGCCUCAGCAGGGGUUCUCACUCCGGACAUAAUCAGCAAACUGCGUAACAAGUUUUACGAGAAUGAGAAAAAUGUUUUGGCCCAAAACGUGUGCACCAAAAUUGAUCCUCUCGAGGCAUGCAUGUCUCGUCAGUACCUCGAAGAGACUCAACAUGUUUUCAAUCACAAAGUCGAGCUGGAAGGGAAACCGGUUACAAAUCAGAAGAACUCUGGACGUUGCUGGAUAUGUGCUACUCUGAAUGUUAUACGAAUUCCGUUUAUGCAACAGCACAACUUGGAUGAAUUUGAAUUUAGUCAGGGAUACUUAUUUUUCUGGGAUAAGAUCGAACGAUGCAAUUACUUCUUGCACAACAUGGUGAAGGCAGCUAAGGCAGGAGAAGCAGUGAAUGGCAGGCUAGUAUCAUGGCUCUUGCACGACCCAACAUGCGACGGUGGUCAAUGGGACAUGAUUGUGAAUCUCAUAAACAGACAUGGUCUUGUUCCAAAGAAGCUGUUUCCAGAAUCAUUUAGUUGUGACUCUACCAUGCGUAUGAACAGCUUACUGAAAAGCAAGCUCAGAGAAUUUGGAAAAGCUUUACGAGACAUGAUUGCUGGUGGAGCGUCAGACGUUGAUAUAGAGAAUCAGAUCGUCGAGCAAAUGACAGUGAUAUAUAGAAUUAUUGGUAUCUGUCUAGGUAUUCCCUCGGAGAAAUUUACAUGGGAAUACUACGACAAGACAAAAAAUUAUAAUUGCAUUGGACCGAUAACACCGGUUGAGUUUUAUGAAAAAUAUGUCAAACCAAGCUUCAAUGUCGACGACAAAGUUUGCUUGGUAACUGACCCCCGGCCAACAAAUCCAUAUGGCAAUCUUUACACGGUUGAUUACUUGGGAAAUAUAGUCGGUGGACGAUCAACAAUAUACAACAAUCAGCCUGUCGAGUUACUGAUGAACCUCUGUGCCGAAAGCAUAAAGCAAAACGAACCAGUAUGGUUUGGCUGCGAGGUCGGCAAACGGCUUGCCAUGAAACAAGGCAUUCAAGAUCUGAAAGCGCACGAUUUCAAACUUGUAUUCGGAACAGAUGUUCAAAUUGGUCUAACCAAGGCGGACAGACUACUAUAUGGAGAGUCUAUGAUGACUCAUGCGAUGGCAUUUACUGCAGUCUCUACUGAUGAAAAUGGGAAGAUCAAGAAAUUCCGAGUUGAAAAUUCGUGGGGAGAGGAACGUGGGGAGAAAGGUUAUCACGUGUUAUCCGCGGACUGGUUUUCAGAAUUUGUAUUUGAAAUAGUUGUGGAUAAAAAAUAUGUGCCCGAUGACGUUAUGGCCGUGUUUCGACAAGAACCCACUGUUUUACCAGCAUGGGACCCUAUGGGGACUCUCGCACAAUGAUAAGCGCUUUUCAAUAGGUACCAGAAACAAUUUAUUCUUAUAAAUAAGAUAAAGUUCAAUAUUGGGGCUGUUCUGGAGUCGAUUUCAACACACAUUCACACGCAUAAAACAAUAUCCCAGUAUCUCAUUAUAGUACAUACAUUGUAACGCUUCAAACUAAUUUUAAUCUUAAGAAUACUUUUUCUCUUUCUGAAGAUUGGUCAAGAUUUGCAUACGCUGUAAGCACUUAUCUCGUGUUUUCACAUCGUGCUUUCAACUAAUUGCACGCAUAUUAAUAUCACUGAACGCCUGUUACUCUUUCAGAAUCUGCUUCAUACAGCAGGAUGUUUAUGUAUAAGCUGACAUCGACUCCAUCCCUGCCUGAGGGGCCGACACUCUUUUAUUAGAAAAAAAUUUGUGGUUUGAUUACAAAGCUGGAGUGAUUAAACAACAUGAAUAAGAUCUGGUCAAGUACUUUUUAUAUUAAAAAUGCGUAACAGUACUAGAGAAUGGAUGGCAAAAAUCUCAACUUGAAAAAAUCGGAACGCACUUUAUAAUUUUUACGUGAACAUUUCGUAAAAGGGGUAAAAAUCUUUCUACUUAAUCAGAUUUUACGGCCUCCUACUUUCUACUCCAUCUAUAGGGAAAAUAAAUCGUGUUUCGUGCUGAUCCAAGUCUUUAUGUCCCUCAAGAAGUGCAUAAAUUAACUGCACGUAUUGGUACCGUCAAGAGUAAUGUCUCAGCGAGUCAAUUUUUUAUAACAAUCGCUCACCGUUCAUUUUUAGAGAUUUAAGAAAAAAUGUAUAAAAUAUAAAUCAAGUAUACGUAGUCAUUUGUGUACACCUUUGGUGAGUAGCUAGGCUUGUUAAGUGAAGUCAUGUUGCUAGUCAUUGACCAAAGAUAGAUUGUCAAAGUAUACCCAAUAUUGAAACCGCGACCGAAUACACACGAAAUUACCAAAAAUAAUCACGUCUAAUCGUAACAACAUUCUUUCUGUUUGACCAAUUGAUGAUGAUGUUCAUGAAUUCGUGGUUAGAUAUUAGUCAAAUCAAUUAAACCUAUCUUACGCUACCAUAUUUUAUGUGUAUGUAACACGGAAUUAGGUGAAACUGAAC